UUGGGAUUUUUCUUUCCAUCAAAUGGACAGAUAAAUAAUCCAGCCAUUUGUAGCUGUGGGAUCUAUCUUUUCUGUGUGCUCCUUUUUUUACCCUGGAAAGUGGAAACAAUAAUACCCCCAUUUCACUGAAAACCCAGAAAGUUUUUUUUUGUCGAUUUCUUUUUUUUUUUAAUGGUAUUCCAGGUUUAGGAUCAUGGGUUUUGCUGUGUCGGACGAAUUGUUGGGAACUGUGGUACCGAUUUUGGUUUAUUGGGUUUAUUCUGGGAUUUAUGUGGCACUUUCCCCUUUAGAGAAAUACAGAUUGCAUCCGAAGGUGGAGGAGGAGAAGAAUCUCGUCUCUAAGCCCUCCGUUGUGAAAGGGGUUCUUCUCCAGCAGCUCGUUCAAGCCCUCGUCUCUAUCCUCCUGUUCUCGGUGACAGGAAGUGAUGCAGAGUUCGGCAAGGAGAAGGAGACUUCAGUUAUGGUUACAGCUAGACAGUUUAUAACGGCAAUGAUCGUCCUCGACACUUGGCAAUACUUCAUGCAUCGGUAUAUGCAUCACAACAAGUUCUUGUACAGACAUAUCCAUUCCCAACAUCAUCGUCUCGUUGUCCCUUACGCGUUUGGAGCUCUGUACAACCACCCGGGCGAAGGCCUUCUGCUCGAUACCAUUGGCGGGGCCUUGUCUUUCCUCCUCUCGGGUAUGUCUCCUCGGACUUCAGUCUUCUUCUUCUCCUUUGCCACCAUCAAGACCGUCGACGACCAUUGCGGGUUAUGGCUUCCCGGGAAUCUUUUCCACAUCGUCUUCAAGAACAACACCGCCUAUCACGAUGUUCAUCAUCAGCUGUAUGGGAGUAAGUACAAUUUUUCCCAGCCCUUCUUCGUGAUGUGGGAUAGAAUUCUUGGCACUUACAUGGAUUAUUCGCUUGAGAAAAGGAUAGAUGGAGGAGGGCUUGAAGCUCGCCCUGCUAAAGAUUUGAAGGAAGAUUGAUUCUUGUUUUUGUUUUUUGUUGGGCUUAAAGAUUUGGUUCCAUUAGGGGGAAUUAGAUGAAGUUUGAGAUUUGUAUAUACAACAUCAUACAUAUAAACAGUUUGUGUUACAAAUUACAAUGGCUUCCA